GUAUGCGUCUGGCCAUGUGAGUGUGUGUGUGUGUGUGUGUUGGUGUUUACAUCGGACAUUGGGUCUGUGUGCCUUGCACCGCGGCACUUGCAAGGGGGCAACAGAAAGAGACAGCUGUGUGCUUGGGAGACUGAAAACAUAAGAAAGAGAGAGUGGAGAGAAAUGCCAGUCAAGACUGUCACUGUUGGAGCAGAUGCUGGCAACAGUUUUCUCCGCGCGGCCCGAUCUGGCAACUUGGACAAGGCCCUGGAUCAUAUUAAAAACGGCAUAGAUAUAAAUACAGCCAAUCAGAAUGGGCUGAACGGGCUGCAUCUGGCCUCUAAAGAAGGUCACGUCAAAAUGGUGCUAGAGCUACUCCACAAUGGAAUCGUACUGGAGACCACCACAAAGAAGGGAAACACGGCCCUUCAUAUUGCAGCCCUGGCAGGACAGGAGCAAGUGGUCACAGAGCUGGUUAACUACGGGGCCAAUGUCAACGCUCAGUCCCAGAAGGGUUUCACUCCACUCUACAUGGCUGCGCAAGAAAACCAUCUAGAGGUUGUGAAGUUUCUUCUAGACAAUGGAGCCAAUCAGAGCAUUCCAACUGAGGAUGGAUUCACGCCUCUCGCCGUGGCUCUUCAGCAGGGACAUGAAAACGUUGUAGCCCUGCUCAUCAACUAUGGCACCAAGGGAAAAGUCCGCCUCCCUGCAUUGCACAUAGCAGCACGCAACGACGAUACACGCACAGCGGCAGUGUUACUGCAAAACGACCCAAAUCCUGAUGUACUCAGCAAGACUGGAUUUACUCCCCUGCACAUUGCUGCCCACUAUGAAAAUCUGAAUGUUGCUCAGCUGUUGCUCAACAGAGGAGCCAAUGUCAACUUCACCCCAAAGAAUGGCAUUACUCCUCUGCACAUUGCAUCAAGACGAGGGAACGUGAUCAUGGUGCGACUCCUCCUGGACAGAGGGGCGCAGAUCGAUGCCAAGACCAAGGAUGAGCUAACUCCUCUGCACUGUGCAGCCAGAAAUGGUCAUGUCAGGAUAAUAGAGAUCCUGCUCGACCACGGGGCCCCCAUCCAGGCAAAGACUAAGAAUGGUUUAUCUCCAAUCCACAUGGCAGCACAAGGAGAUCACAUGGACUGUGUUAAACAGCUUCUGCAGUACAAUGCAGAGAUCGAUGACAUUACACUGGACCACCUCACUCCACUCCAUGUGGCUGCACACUGUGGCCACCACCGAAUGGCUAAAGUACUGCUGGACAAAGGGGCCAAACCAAACUCUAGAGCACUGAACGGCUUCACUCCACUGCAUAUAGCUUGUAAAAAGAACCACAUGCGUGUGAUGGACCUCUUGCUGAAACAGGCUGCAUCAUUAGAAGCAGUGACUGAGUCGGGCCUGACUCCUCUGCACGUGUCAUCAUUUAUGGGUCAUUUGACAAUUGUGAAGAGCCUCAUGCAGAAAGGAGCUUCCCCCAACGCCUCCAAUGUGAAGGUGGAGACCCCUCUUCACAUGGCGUCUCGAGCAGGACACUAUGAUGUAGCUGAGUUUUUACUGGAGAAUUCAGCACCUGUGGAUGCCAAGGCUAAGGAUGACCAAACCCCUUUGCAUUGUGCAUCUCGAAUGGGCCACAAAGAGCUAGUGAAGUUGCUGCUGGACCACAAGGCUAACCCCAACUCCACCACCACAGCUGGACACACACCUCUACACAUUGCUGCCCGGGAAGGUCACGUACAAACUGUUCGCAUCCUACUGGACAUGGAGGCCCAACAGACGAAGAUGACAAAAAAAGGCUUCACUCCUCUUCAUGUGGCUUCUAAGUAUGGGAAAGUAGAUGUAGCAGAGCUGCUGCUGGAGAGAGGAGCGAAUCCUAAUGCUGCGGGAAAAAAUGGUCUGACUCCCUUGCAUGUUGCUGUACACCACAACAACCUUGACGUUGUGAAUCUUCUAGUCAGCAAAGGAGGAUCACCACACAGUGCAGCAAGAAACGGAUACACUGCCCUCCACAUAGCAUCUAAGCAGAACCAGGUAGAGGUGGCAAACAGCCUGCUGCAGUAUGGGGCUUCAGCCAAUGCUGAGUCACUGCAGGGAGUUACACCUCUUCACCUGGCCUCGCAGGAAGGAAGGCCGGACAUGGUGUCACUACUCAUCUCCAAACAGGCCAAUGUAAACCUUGGCAACAAGAGUGGGUUGACCCCUCUCCACCUGGUGGCACAGGAGGGACAUGUCAGCAUCGCUGACAUCUUGGUGAAGCAGGGAGCUUCCGUUUAUGCUGCAACACGGAUGGGUUACACCCCUCUCCAUGUAGCGUGUCACUAUGGCAACAUCAAGAUGGUGAAGUUCCUUCUGCAGCAACAAGCCAAUGUCAACAGCAAAACAAGACUUGGUUACACACCUCUACACCAGGCAGCCCAGCAGGGACACACAGACAUUGUGACACUGCUGCUGAAGCAUGCAGCCCAGCCCAAUGAGACCACAACAAAUGGUACUUCAGCUUUAGCUAUUGCUAAAAGGUUGGGCUACAUCUCUGUAAUUGAUGUCCUGAAGCUGGUCACGGAGGAGACAGUUUCCAUGACGACCACAGAGAAACACCGCAUGAGUUUCCCUGAAACUGUGGAUGAGAUUCUAGACGUGUCUGAAGAUGAAGGAAUUGCUCAGCUAACGUUAGGAGAGGAGCUCUUGGGGACUGAAGGGGCCAGGUACAUGAAGAUGGAUGAGAUGAAAGACCAUGAUGAUGAUUUCCUCUCCCCAAAGAAAUCACUGGAGUAUGAGAGAGGGCUGGGCACAGCAAAUUACUCACCAGCCAUUCCCAGGAUUCCCCGUGUCUCUCCAGAAACUGUCAUCCUCAAAGAACACGAGAUAGAACAGCUUCACACACCACUUCCACUGCCCAAAGAAUAUGAUGAGGAUUCACUGAUUCCCAGCAGUCCAGCAACUGAGACAUCAGACAAUGUCAGCCCUGUAGCCAGUCCCAUACAUACAGGGUUCCUGGUCAGUUUCAUGGUGGAUGCUCGAGGCGGCUCUAUGCGAGGCAGCAGGCAUAAUGGUCUGUGCGUCAUCAUACCACCGCGGACCUGUGCGGCUCCAACUCGCAUCACCUGCCGCCUGGUGAAGCCGCAGAAGCUGACGAGCCCUCCUCCUCUGGUGGAGGGAGAGGGGUGGCCCGCAGGAUCAUCUCCCUUGGCCAGCAGGAUCAUCUCACUGGGGCCAGCUGGGAUGCAGUUUCUGGGACCAGUGAUAGUGGAGAUCCCCCACUUUGCUGCCCUGGGUCGAGGAGACCGGGAGCUUGUGGUGCUGAGGAGUGAGAAUGGCUCUGUCUGGAAAGAACAUCGCAAUCGCUAUGGUGAUGAGGUGCUAGAAACCAUCCUUAAUGGGAUGGAUGAAGACUUAGAAAGUCAAGAAGAACUUGGAAAAAAGCGGAUUCGCCGCAUUAUCUCGACCGACUUCCCACUCUACUUUGCUGUUGUGUCACGUGUUCAGCAAGAGAGCGAUCUGAUUGGUCCAGAGGGAGGCUCACUGACAAGUAAACUAGUGCCCCUGGUACAGGCCACAUUUCCAGAGACAGCAGUCACCAAACGAGUGCGUCUGGGGCUGCAGGCUCAACCAGUUCCAGAUGAACUGGUUGCAAAGCUGCUGGGUAACCAGGCCAACUUCAGCCCGGUGGUCACAGUGGAGCCUCGGCGACGCAAAUUUCACCGACCUAUUGGUCUGCGCAUACCACUACCCCCAUCAUGGAGAGAGAGCCCCCGAGAUUCUGGGGAGGGUGACACCACUAGCCUCCGCCUGCUCUGCUCUGUCAUAGGUGGUACGGCUCCAGCCCAGUGGGAGGACAUCACUGGUACAACCAAGCUAAUAUAUGCUAAUGACUGUGCCAGUUUUACAACUAAUGUAUCAGCACGGUUCUGGCUUGCAGACUGUCCUCGGACUGCCGAGGCCGUCUCUUUUGCCAACCUGCUCUACAGAGAGCUGUCAGUUGUGCCAUACAUGGCUAAGUUUGUGGUGUUUGCCAAGAUGAAUGAGAUCCAUGAAGGACGCUUGCGAUGUUACUGCAUGACCGAUGAUAAGAUGGACAAAACCCUGGAGCAACAUGAGAACUUCACAGAGGUGGCACGCAGCCGAGAUAUAGAGGUCAUGGAGGGAAUGCCACUUUACCUGGAAUGUUCUGGAAACCUUGUUCCAGUGAGGAAAGCCACGCAGCAGCUUCGCUGCUUCAGCUUCCAGGCUUUUAGAGACAACCGUCUUCCUGUCUCUGUUAAGGUGAGAGACAGCAGUAAAGAGCCCACUGGCUUUUUGUCUUUCCUACGUAAGACCACCAAAUAUGAGGACAGUCAACAUGUGCUGUGCAACCUCAACAUUACUAUGCCGCCAUGUAUAAGGAUAAUGGGCAGUGAAGAUCGCAGGAGGACUCUCACCCCACUGGCUUUGAGAGAAAGAUACAGUGCUCUAAACGAGCCUGCAAUGGCAUCAAUGAGCGCGAUGGAGAGGACUGAGCUAAAAAUGGCUGUGAUUGCAGAACAGUUGGGGCUGAGCUGGGCUGAGUUGGCACGAGAGUUGCAGCUCAGUGUGGAUGACAUCAAUAAGAUCCGUGUGGAGAAUCCAAACUCCCUGCUGGAGCAGAGCUCAGCACUUCUUAAUUUGUGGGCGACCCGAGAGGGCAAAAGGGCAAAGAUGGAGAGCUUGUACACGGCUCUGAAGAGUAUUGACCGUAUGGACAUAGUCAGUAUGUUGGAGGGACAGCCAACGCAGCCUACGAGACAAGGCUCCCGUGAUCUCAGCAGGCGCCGGCACAAUGACAGAGAGCACCUUUCCCCUGGUAUGACCAAUGGUUAUGGGCUUGCGCAGGAAGAGCUUCUGUCACCGGCUUCCAUGCAGUACAGCCUGCCCUCUCCACUGGGCACUGAGCCAUACUGGCAGGAAGUCUCCAGUUUGGACUGUGCCCCUAUUGCCACCACAGAGGAAGACACCCUCAUGGAGAUGUCUGACGUUCAGGUGUGGCCCUCUGGCAAUAGUCCCUCCCUGGUGCCUGUGGAGGAUUCCUCUCUGGAGUGCAGCAAUGUGGAUGAUUCUGAAUGUCUGCCUGGGCUGCCGUAUGGAAGUCUGGGUGUGCCGGCCAGUCAGACCAGUGCAGCCAGUGGAGGGGGUAGGGUGCUGGGUGGUUUCAUAGAGCGCACCAUCGCUGGGAUCAAUCUCAAUGGGCUGAACAAUUGUCAGGGGUCAGAGGCAAGCUCAGAGGUAUCGGCAGUCGCCAGCAUGACUGGUGGUGAAGGAACUGGAGGUGGAGGAGGAAGAGAAGGAGGAAAAGGCUCAGACGAAGGGCAUUCUCUUGUUACAGGACAGCAAAGGGUUUAUGCUCGGCUGAGUGAGUCGCCUGGUCUGAGUUGUGUUCCAGAUCGAAAUGGAGACAGGUCAAGUAAUGGUGGAAACGGCAGUGGUGGAGGCUCUUUCCUUUCCUACCUUCAGGAACAGACAGGACCACAAUGGGUCCCUGUUAGUGCCCCUCAUCAAAGCAGCCAGCCUAAACCCAAGCAGGUCAUGGACUCCAUGAUGUCAUCAAUGUGCAACGCUGUAGAUGUGGACCAAACUUGUAUGACACCUGAGGCCUUGCUUCAGCCUGUGAGAGACAUGGGGCACUCUGAGAUUUUACGAGGGCACUUCAGAGGUACCCAGCCGUUUGAGAAGGGUUUGGGAUUUCCACACAGAGUACCAGAGCUGCGGCCCUGGGACGGCGUGCGUCUCAAGGACCAGGGUGAUGAAGCUGAAGAUCUUCCAGGUGAACAAGUAAGCGAGGAACAGUUCACGGAUGAACAUGGAAACAUCAUCACAAAGAAGGGGGUUCAGGAGGUGUGCAUGGAGGGUUCUCUGCAGGACGCCGAGCUGGAUGCUGACGCUGAGCUGAGCUACGCAAUCUUCGGUCGGGAUGGCAGCAAGCCCGAUACUGUGGAUGUGAAGAAAGGUGCUCAAAUAGUGAAAUGUGCCAGUCUGCGGAGAGUUAAGCAGUGAAGCAGACUGAGUGCAGCGUCCCCUCAGAUUUCUCUGCCAGAGUCCAUCCCCUCACCAAAACCAUCCUAUAUGGACACAUGACCAGAAGCAGCUGACAGGAAGAAGAACGCACAGAAAAACAUAAACAAA